CUCCUGCGCAGAGCAACGGGGGCGGGGGCGGCAAGCAGAGUAAGCAGGAAAUUCACAGGAGGUCUGCUCGGCUUAGAAACACUAAAUACAAAUCUGCACCAGCUGCUGAAAAGAAAGUUUCCACUAAAGGAAAAGGAAGAAGACAUAUUUUUAAAUUAAAAAAUCCCAUCAAAGCUCCUGAGUCAGUUUCCACUGUGAUCACCGCGGAGUCAAUCUUCUACAAGGGAGUGUAUUACCAAAUUGGUGACGUGGUUUCUGUGAUUGAUGAACAAGAUGGGAAGCCCUACUAUGCUCAGAUCCGGGGUUUUAUCCAGGACCAGUACUGUGAGAAGAGUGCGGCGCUGACGUGGCUCAUUCCCACUCUCUCAAGUCCCAGAGACCAAUUUGAUCCUGCAUCCUAUAUCAUAGGGCCAGAGGAAGACCUUCCAAGGAAGAUGGAAUACUUGGAGUUUGUUUGUCAUGCACCUUCUGAGUACUUUAAGUCACGGUCAUCACCAUUUCCCACAGUCCCCACCAGACCAGAGAAGGGCUAUAUCUGGACUCAUGUUGGACCUACUCCUGCAAUAACUAUUAAGGAAACUGUUGCCAAUCAUUUGUAGUUUAAAAAUUAAAAUUCGACUUUCAGUUAUCAUGUACUCCUAAUACUACAAGGUAUGCCCCAUGGUUCAAUUUCUUAGGUAGAAGAAUGACUGCAGUUUUUUCUUACAACCCAGUAAUUAUUAGCUUGUUUAUUACUAGUCACUGAGAAAAUUAAAAGGGCUAGGAAAAAAAUGAAACCUAUUUUGAAGUUAAGUAUUACAUUCUAUGUGUUUUCCCAAGCAAAGGCUGAUCUCCAAGGAGACCUGUGUUUCCCUAUAAUUUAUUUCCAGAAAGUAAAAAAAUGGAUUAUAUUUUUCCUCUUAAAUAAAAUAUUAAGUAGGUUUUGGAUUUCCACCCAACGGCUUAAUUAAAACAGUUUUAUAUGACUAUCUAUUAUAAAACCACACAGGGCUUUAUGUUCUCAUCUAGAAAAUGGUAUGACAGCUGCCUGCUGUAACCAUGAGGAAGGUAGUUGGUAGAUAAUUUAAUAGCCCAGGUAUUUUAUUAAUAAAACUUUAAUCUUCUACAGCAAACAGGCAUUCAGAAUUGUUUUGGUUUUUUUCCCCCAGUGUUUUGCUCUAUUAUACAUGUACUCACUGAAGAGAGAGAGAGGAAAAGAAAGAAAUCAGCCCCCUCU